AAAACAGUGAAGGGGUGGGUAGGGACUAAAUCAAAAUCGAGUUGGAGGGAAAUCAGCGGUUUUUACACAACGUCCUCUUUCUCCAACAGGACAACAAGAUUAUGAUGCACUCCGCCCCCUCUGCUACAAAGGAGCCAAUGUGGUGCUGAUUUGUUAUGAUGUCAGCAAUCCAAUCAGCUUUCAGAAUGUGAUGAGACGGUGGCUGCCUGAGGUCAGUCACAUGUGUCCCCAGACCCCGGUGAUCCUUGUGGCCUGUAAGACUGACCUGAGGAUGAACAAGGUCUGUCAACGCAACCUGGCAAGAAGUGGAGAAGAGGCCAUCACUUUCACCCAGGGACAGACUAUGGCUCAUCGGAUACGGGCGUCCGGCUUUCUAGAAUGUUCCGCGAAGCUGGAGGAGAAGGUGUUGGAGACGUUCCAUGAGGCCACUCUGGCUGCUCUAGGAGGAUGUAGGAAGACAAGGAAGACUACCAUGGGCUGCCUGGUGUCCUAGUGAGGAGAGCAGCUGGGUCCUGGUUAGACUCACUGAGGAACCACCUUCCUCCUCCAUUGGAACCUACACUGAGAGGGACCUGGAUUGAUGGGGCUCACCCUUCAGCAGCGAGGCCCUGUGUAACCGCUAGGCCAGAGCGAGACCGUGGGGACCUGACUGGAUUCCCACCCCACCCUCCUGUCAGCGUGGACGGAUCACACAAAAAUCUCAGGCUCCAAUUUGGCCGACGGCUGACUCAGCCUGAAACACGUGGAGCUGCUGCACGGGCACUCAGAGCAGGAAAGGCCCAGGCUCCAUUCUUGGCCUAGUGCUGGAUUUGCCUGAUUUUCCUCGCCGUGACCACCUCCCCCCAAGAGCGGGAAAUCUAGAGGCCUGUGAAGAAAUGGGAGUCAUUCUGAAAGCCGAGGACGAUGCGAUCCUUCGUGAACCUUCCUUUCUGUAUUCAUAACUUUGAGUGACGCACCUCGUUUCUCUGGGAAAGACUAAAGUCAGUCUGAACUUGAGCUGAUCCAUUGAACCGAUAAGAAUGUAUUGAGUUGUAAUGCAAUGAGUUCGAUGUAAGGUUUUGUAAUCCAUUCGGUCACUGACUGGAUCUAAUAAAGACGAUUAUCCAGA